CAUCGCAGCGCGGCCAUUACACGCAAGCCCCAAACAGCAGAGCAAACUGAGCAACCAGCUCGACGCUGCCCCCGCCCCACCUUCUGGCCGCCUCUUUAGCUCGACCCAAUCAGGGCCAGGCCUUGCCUUCCCGCCUCCACGUCUGCCCCGCUGGUCACGCUCCUGCCUGCCUCGCCCACUCCCAGUGCUACUGCGUCUCCGCCUUUUCCCCUUCCUGACCGUCCUCCAGCUCGCCCUUCUCCGCUUCCCACCUCCUCACUCCGACAGACCGACCCUGAGAUCAAGAGGUCAAGCAAUCCACCGGUUGAUCUGGUCUCGACGCCGACUCUCGCAUUUGUUGUUUCUCCAUCACCCAACAUCCUUUCUCCUGUUGCCCGACAGACUACGCAUUUUUAUCGUCCUUUUGACGAGAAACAGGCACUCGGGCAUUGCCGUCACCAUGGCAUCGUCCUCGGCGACCGGUCCGGACACCAUCAUCAGCCUCAAGGUCACCCAUGAUGGCGUCAUCAAGAAGCUGAAGCUUCCGCUCCGCGACCUCGGGGCCAACACGCUUGAUUCCAAGCUUCGAGACAUGCUUGUCAUUUCGCCUGACACUCAAUGCACGACUGAGCGAUACUCGGAUUCGGCUGCCUCAUACGUCACGCUUGAUCCCACAAACGCACCAGUGUUCAAGCAGCUCUACCGUGCUGCCAAGGCAAAGCAGAAGCUCAAGCUUCGUGUCACAACCAUCAUACCGCCCUCCCACCAUGUCCAGGAGGCCGAGCCCGAGCCUGAGUCGAAGCAUGCUACGCCCAAUGUCGCCCCCCGACCGGUGACGAUUGAGGAUGUUCCGGACGCUGCCGAGGCCAAACCAGUCGUCCCUCCAAAGUGCGCUGGCAUUCUGGUCGAGCCCCCGUUCGACGCCGCUGCCAUCCUCGCUAGGGCUCGCGCUACCGAGGCUGAUCCCUCACUGGCGCCUUCGGCAACUCCGCGGAGUUUCCAGGGCCUCAAGGACGAGCUCGACAAGAUGGCCAAGAGGCAUCAGCAGUGGCGUGAGGAAAACCUUGGCUCGGCCGACAACAAGCCAUCGGAGCGCGCCCGCACGGAGCUCGCGUCCCUGUUGGCGAGUCUAUCAGCCAGGACCGCUGCGACCACCCCCCCUCCCAUCCCUCCCCGGCAGGCUCCCACCGGUGAUGUUGAGGCCCCCAAGCCUGCAGCACCGCCUGCCCCGGCCAAAGAGACACAGUCCGCCGCGGUUCCCCGGCCUCCGUUCGCCGUUUACUGCAACAGCUGCGACAGGGUGAUCCCCGACACUCACUACCAUUGCUCCACGUGUGACGACGGCGACUUUGAUCUGUGCCAAGGUUGCGUUGACAUGGGCAUCGCAUGCUACGGCGAUGAUCACUGGCUGAUCAAGCGCAUGGUCCGCAACGGCAUGAUUGUUACCAGCACAACUGAGCGCAAGGCGCCAAUCAAGGCCACUGUCGAGGCCGUCCCUGCUUCGAGCUGUCCCGUUGCAGAGCCAAAGGCCGCGCCCAGCCCGUGCCGUCAAGCGGCACGGGUUUCGGAGGCCCCGGCACCCACCUCAGUGGUCGUUCCCGUCUUCAAGAACUACCUGUACCAGAACGUGCGUACGUGCAACAACUGCGUCCAGGAGUUCCCGGAGCAUCAAUUUGUGCACUGCACCACCUGCUUUGAUUUUGAUCUCUGCAAGUCGUGCUUUGUCAAGGACUCGCACGGCCACCACCCCCGUCACGGAUUCAUCCCCGCUGUCGAGGGAACCGCUCUCGACAGGGAUGUCGCGUCCCGGCUUUCUCCUGGCCGCAACCAGAAGCACAACGCUAUCUGCGAUGGCUGUGACAAGUUCAUCCAAGGCGUGCGCCACAAGUGCCUUGACUGCCCUGACUGGGACUACUGUGCCGACUGCGUGGGCAACGCCGGCUUCAUUCACCCGAACCACCGCUUUGUGCCUGUCUACGACCCGCUCCGUGAUGUAAGCGCCCGGAGCGCCACUCGCCAGGUCCACGUCGGCAUCCACUGUGACGGGCCUCUCUGCCGAUCUACUGGCCGCCGCUUUAUCCAUGGAGACCGUUACAAGUGUGCUGUCUGCCACGACACAGACUUCUGCGCCAACUGCGAGGCCAGCCCUGCAAACACCCACAACAAGACUCAUCCCCUGCUCAAAUUCAAGACCCCUGUUCGCAACGUAAAUGUCGUUACGACCGGAGAGCGCGAGGACGGAAGGAAGAUGCCCGUUAUGGGGGAUCGGUUACGCCGUACACCAAGCCCGCGUGCCGUAGAGGCCGCUGCUACCAAGAUGCAGAACAUCACAGAGGCCCCAGCUCAGGCCGUCUUGUCCGUAAACGACGCGCCGCCUCCCACUCCCAAGGCCGAGGUCAAGCGCGAAAUCAAGGAGGAGGUUAAGGAGGAGCCCAAGGAGCUCGCUGUCAAGGAGGAGACUCCUGUUGAGACAAAGGCUGCUGAGCCCGAGAAGCCUGUGGAGGUUGCCGAGGAGCCUGAGAUCGUGGCUGAGUUUGAGUGCGACACCAUUGCCGACGGCACUGUCAUGCCCCCCAACCACAUCUUUGAGCAGACUUGGGUUCUCCGCAACGCUGGCAAGGAGGCCUGGCCUGCCGGAUGCUCCGUCAAGUAUGUCGGCGGAGACUACAUGGGCCACGUCAACUCGAACCACCCCGCUGGAGUCAAGGAGCUCAUCUCGGCAUCCGAGUCGACCAUCUGCUACGCCCCGCUCGCCCCCGGCCAGUCCUUCUCUUUCACUGUCCUUCUGCGCACACCUCCCCGUGACGGCAAGGUCAUCUCUUACUGGCGCCUCACGUCUCCUGCUGGUCUCAAGUUCGGUCACCGUCUCUGGUGCGAUGUUGAGGUCAAGACCCCCAAGCCGGUUGAGGAGACCACCCCGGCUGUCGAGGAGGCGCCCAAGGAGGUCGAGGCUGCCGCACCCCAGGCCCAUGAGAGCCAGAUGAUCUUCCCCAAGCUCGAGAAGGAGUCGCCUGUCGCUAGCGUCCACAAGUCUAUCGAAACCGAGGCACAGGAGUCUUCCGAGGCUGCCGAGGAGUUCGAGGACUGCAACGAGGAUGAGGAGUGGGACGAGUCCGAGGACGGCUUCAUGACUGACGAGGAGUACGAUAUCCUGGACGCCUCUGACGAGGAGUUUUCGGAUGACUCGCAGAAGCAGCCCAAGAAGUAAGGUAGCAGUCCUGUCCGUCGCGGAUUCAACAGAACGACGUGGACAACAUAGGAACGGAAAACCCACCGCCGCCCUUCGCUUUUGAUAUUUCUUCGCAAACAAUCUGGAUACGAGGGCCAAUAAGGAAGGAAUGGGGAUUGCUAUGGAUUUGCUGCCUUUCUUUUUGUCUCGACUUUUUCACUCCUGCUCCUUUUGUCAUAUUUCGUCUGUAUUUCAUCAUGCCAUGUUGUCUGGGUCAUUUCAGCCCGACAUGGAUUCUCUUGCGACGGUCUAAUUCUCCUUCUUGUCUCUUGCUGUCCGCUCUCCCUCCUGAAUUAUGAUGGGCCAUGUCCCAUUGUGAGAGUCUCGCCCCGGCCUUAACAGAUUGAACGAUUGCCGGUGGCACUUGGAAUGAGCCUAUCGGAAUGGGGGAGACGACAUGUGUUCGCUCACUUAACUAGGUUACAUGUUCACUAUAGUGUCAGAUUGUCAACUGAGCCAUCGAAAAACUGCGUGGCAAGCCGUUGAAUGCGUCCAGAUUGCAUGUUGCAUUGCAUGUUGGACAAGAUGGGUGAAUGGACAUGGGUCACGUCAAGUUGAUUCAACAACAGAGGCGACCAAAACGAGCUUGUAGCUUAUGUCGUUGAUUGCUUUAUAGCUCCUGUAGAAUGAAGGAAAUGUUUCCAGUGCAGUUCUGGCACCAAAGCUCG